AAAAAGUUAACAGCGGCGUUCAAAAUUCGCACGUGGUGACGCACGUGUCACCACAGAAUUGAAAAGCAAAACACGCACCUCUCCUCUACUGUGUGAGGAAAAAAUGUCUGCAUUUAUUAUGUAUUAUAAAAGGAAAUUAGAAAACCCUCUUCCUCUUUCUUUCUCUCUCCCUUCCUCCCUAUUUAAAACAUUUUUCUUUCAUUAAAAUUGAAAAAGUAUAUAUAGGUGCACAUAUACUUACAGCGCUCAAUUCUUCGCUGGUUAACAAUUCGACGAAAUCAGGAAAUUUGAGUAGCUCCCAUUCGACAUAUAAUGAGCGGUCAGGAACAAGUUAGGAUAUAUACUAGGGCAAGAAGGAGACAAAUGUUAGAUGUUGAUCUUAACACUGUGCCGCCAUCACAGGAUAGCCAAGCAUUUCAACAAGGAGGCGCUACAGUACUGCCUCCACCUAUUGAUGUAGAGGCGUUAGAUGAUGAUGUCAUUAUUUCUUCUCCAAGGGCAUUUGCGGAAGCAAAAAACAAUGCCAGAAGGAACCUUGAUCGUGCUAUCGUGGUUGACGUAGACUCUGUUGUUACAGAUGAAAGGCUAUCACGCAAGCGGAGAAGGGCUCCUUCAAACCAAACGAUUAUAAAUUGCGACCUUUACAUAAACCUUGAAGGCAGUAGCAACAACUCAACGAGAAAGAGCGGACAGAGUGCGGUAGUGGCUCCUCCACCACCUCCACCGCCACCGAAAGAGCCUGUAUUCAGCUGUGCAGUUUGCAUGGGCCCACUAGUUGAGGAGACUUCGACAAAGUGUGGUCAUAUUUUCUGCAAGGGUUGCAUUAAAGCCGCCAUAGCUGCUCAGAGCAAGUGUCCUACUUGCCGGAGAAAAACGACUGUCAAGGACCUUAUCAGAGUUUACCUUCCUAGAUGUGCCUGAGGUCUCUCUCUCCCCCUCCCUCCAUCCCUCUCUCACACACACACAUUGAUCGACAUAUACUUCUAUUUAGCGCUCCUCCUUAAUGUGCAAAGAGCUCGUGUGGAAAAAAAGUAUGCAGAGGUGAUUGAUUGUCUUGAAAUAAUUUUCUUGGAUGCAAAAUAUGGAAGAGUUGAUUUCCGGGAUCAACGUUUCUGGAGCAGAGUGUCGGUUAUUAUUUCGAUUUAUCAUUUCAAUCCCAAUGCAAAAAAAAAAAAAAAAGAAAAAAAAAUGAUGGAGUCUAGUAUCUUUUGUAGCCUUGAUGCAGAGAGUAUUAAUAUUUGUUAAUCCAUUUGAAUUGAUAUUUACUUGUGCUCUUUGUUUAUUAAUUAUCUCUUGCUUUUUUCUUGUUU